GAUAAACUUGAUUAUUUCAGAAGCAAUGUAUUUAGAAAGUAUCAAACAUCAGUAUGAGGAAGCUUAUAUUAAAUUUUCAUUUUCAAUGGUUCCCCCUUUAAUAGUAUCCAGAUCAUUUUCCAGUCUGACAAAAUGUUUUCUCAUAUCUGGUAUUUUCCACCCCUUUACAGAUAGGACUGAGAAUUCUCCCAUGAAAAGCAGGACAGUUGGGAGGUAUCAUAUUACCUGCAGAGAACCUGAUAAGUUGUUUGAAUACAGGUGGAUUUGCACUUUGUCACGACCGGGAAUCAAUGGAAUGCGUAGGCUUUUUACACACUGACAGUAUGAGAAACACUUUUAAUGUAAUAUACACUAUAAUGCUAUAUUAUACUUUAAUGCAUUGCCUACCUGUUAUUGUUAGGUAUCUACAGAUAAGCAUCAGGCACCACGAGAGUCAUUUCCAGGAUGAUCUGCACAGACAGAUUUGACUGUCACCGCUUUUUGUGAAUCCUGGGGACACACCUGAUUCCUGACAUCUGCUGAAAUCAUGAUUUUAACGUUUUCAAGAAAGUCUGUCUCACAGAAACUGAGUAUUUUACUCCUUGCUUUUGGAUUCGUCUGGGGACUGAUGUUGCUGCGCUACACGUUCCAGUAUCCGAGACACCAGAGCAGCGAGGAGCUCAGAGAUGAAAUAUUAGACUUGAGCAGAAGAUAUGUCAAAGCUUUGGCUGAGGAGAACAAAGAUCUAAUGAAUGGUGGAAAUGGAGGCUCCAUGGCAGGAUAUGCUGACUUGAAGAGAACAAUUGCUGUCCUUUUGGAUGAUAUUCUACAGCGGCUUGGAAAGCUAGAGAACAAAAUUGACUACUUUGUAGUGAACGGAUCAUCCAAUAAUAGCACCAAUAGCACUGGUGGAAAUCCUGUCCCACUAACUACAAGUAAACGUGUGAAUACGUCCGCAAACAAGAGAUAGCAAGAGAGUGCCAUUCUGGUUAUUUCAUCAGGCUGAGUACAUCUUUACGUGCUACGAAAUUGGCAUUUCUGGCUAGAUCUGUGCUUUAUUUUGGUUUGCCAAGUAAGCAGCUAUAGCAUAUAAUGCAAUACUCAACUGUUUUAUCGGCGGCAC